AGAUGUGUCCACUCUUACGGUUUGUCACCAUUUAGUGUCCACUUGUCUUAAGAUCACCUCAAUUAGUGUCUAAUUGUAGUUAUAAGCUGUUGAGUAAUACAUUAACCAAGUUCAUUUAUUUGUGUUAUUGUGGUGCACAUGAGUGUACUGUCUUGAGAUGACCAUCAAUGAGACAAUUGACGAGCGGACAAGUGUUUCAUGUGAUAUGGUUAGCAGUGAACAGUUUCUAAGUGAUUGAGUGGACAAUGAGUACCAUCGAUGACAACAUGAGUGAUAAUGAUAUGAACGAAGCGAAUGACGUGAAUGUGUGCCGAAGACGUGGUCUGUCGGAGCAUUUGGUCCUCCAUUACGUGCACUCAUGUGUUGGCCGUAAGAUAUACGAGAGUGCGAGGGAUGGCAUGUCUGUCACCCUUUACGCUCUGCUCCACAAUCUGUCCAAAUGUGAGGCCAACCGAUAUAUCAACGAAUUGGUGACCGACGGACAGACCAAGUGCUCGCCACUGAUCAUAGCGGCCAAGAAUGGACACCAGAAUAUCGUCAAACUGCUGGUCAUGAAGUUCGCGCCCGACCUCGAGUUGGAGGGAUCCGUUCAGUUCGAUGGGUACCUCAUCGAAGGCGCCACCGCUCUCUGGGUGGCCAGCAGUGGAGGGCAUCUCAAUAUCGUGCGCUGUCUGGUUGAACACAAAGCUAAUGUCAAUCACUGGACAAAAACACAUUCAACUCCUCUUAGGGCCGCCUGUUUUGAUGGUCGACUCGAUAUCGUUAAGUAUUUGGUGGAAAACCAGGCGGACAUCCAUUUGUCCAACAAAUACAAUAACACGCCGUUAAUGAUCAGCGCAUAUAAGGGACACUUAGAGGUGGUCGAAUACCUGCUGAUGUUGGGCACCGACCCCAACACCCGUGCUCUCUGUGGUGCGACAGCCUUGCACUUCGCUGCAGAGAACGGCCACUUGUCUGCCAUCAAAGAGCUUCUGUCGCAUAACGCCGUCAUAACGAAGAACUCAAUCGGAAUGACACCCAUAAUGACUGCCGCGGCUUCCGGUGCCGCACAUAUCGUCGAGUAUUUCACGAACUCUUCUUUCGAACAAAUCUCUGAAAUCGAGAGAAUUGAAGCGUUGGAACUGUUGGGCUCUUCGUAUGCCAACGACAAGGAUUCGUAUGAUUUGGAGCGCUGUUACUAUUACAUGGAGUGGGCGAUGAGGUCGCGCUUUAGAGACCCCGACAGACCUCUACUCAAGAAACCAUUGCCACCAAUAGCUGCCUACGAUAAUAGAGUUGAAUGUCAGACAUUAGAAGAAUUAGUUGUCAUUCAAUCCAAUAGGUGUGCCCUUCAUAUGGAGGCACUGGUGAUAAGGGAGCGUAUAUUAGGCGUCAAUAACCCAGAACUGCCGCAUCCGGUCAUAUUCAGAGGGGCUGUCUUUGCGGACAGCGCUCGCUUCGAUCGGUGUCUUGAGCUAUGGCUACACGCCAUGAGAUUAAGAACUCUGAACACCGUCUCAAUUAAGAAGGAUUUGUUACGUUUCGCACAAGUCUUCAGUCAAAUCAUUAACAUUAGACAUGAUUUGCCAUUUGAGUCGUUGCGGGAAGUUAUGGACACGGCUUUCAAUGAAUUGAAGCGAAAUAAGGAAACACUUGACAAGUGUUGCGAUGAGAACUCCAGAGAUGCCAUUCAGGAAGAACUCGACGACAAUAUUCAUACCGUUCUCUAUCUUAUAGUUAUUGUCACAAAGAUUUUAAAAUUAUUGACAAAAGAGGAAGAGUUUUGUUUGUGUCGAUUGAUAUAUAAUAUAAAUAAACUUCAAUUACGAACCAAAGACGGCUCAUCCCUCUUACACCUGAGUGUGAGCGCCGACACACCUAUUGAUGACUUUUAUACGAAAAAUGUCUGCAAGUUCCCGUGCGCGGCCACCACUAAGCUAUUGAUGCAAUGCGGCGCUGAUGUGAACGCAUUGGAUGAGCGGCGCAAUAGUCCACUCCAUCUGAUAGUUGCCUAUCAGAAGCCAAUCAGUGAUUUCCUGACUCUUCACGCCAUCACCACAUCUCUGGUGGAAAGCGGCGCACAUAUGGAUGCCGUGAACGAGAGGAAUGAGACGGCACUGGAGUCGGCCACCACUGGUGUCGCAGAGAUUCUACUCAAAACACAACUCAAGUUUAAUCUCAAGUGUUUGUCCGCCAAAGCCAUCAAUCGGUAUGGAAUUGAAUACAAACAUCUGUUCCCCGAACCCAUUGUCCACUUCAUUGACAUUCACAGCACGAAGAGGAGACAAAACAAUUGAUAAUAAAUUAUAUAUUUGAUCUGUUUUUGUUGUUAUAUUUGUUUUCAUAUUUGUUUGUAUUGUACAUUUUGGAC